CGUUCAGUUCCCUUUCCAGUUUACUGUCCAAAAUAUCAAAAGUUUCCCUCCUCUGUAAAAAUUCUGAAAACCAUCUCCGAUCCUGCCGUACGUGGAGCCCUAGCUUUUCUUCGGUGAUCUAAUCGGACUCAAGUCGAAGGUACAGUUCUGGAGGGUUAACGUCUUAAAUCAUCUUGAGUAAAAGAUGGAGGAGAAACAUGAGGAAGUUGAAGACAUAAUUGAAAGUGCCUCUAGUGAUUCUUUUUUGGUUGAUUCAGAUGAUGAUGAACCAUCAAUAUCCGGACAAGAUGACAGUUCGCAUCUUGAGGAGCCUUUGACUGAGAAGGAAAUAGAAGAACUGAUUGCUGAGUUCUUGGAAGUUGAGAGUAAGGCUGCAGAGGCUCAAGAAGCACUUGAAAAGGAAUCUCUCACUAAAGUGGAGAAUGAAGUGAGGGAAGAACUGGCACAAACUCUUCAUGGAGAUGAUUUGGACAGAACUGUUGCGGAUGAAAUGACUACUUUUAGAGAGGAGUGGGAGUUUGUGCUAGACGAGCUUGAGAUUGAGAGUGCACAGUUGUUGGAACAACUCGAUGGGGCUGGUAUUGAGUUACCCACCCUUUAUAAGUGGAUUGAGAGUCAAGCUCCUAAUGGUUGCUGUACUGAAGCUUGGAAAAAGAGAGCUCACUGGGUAGGAUCUCAGGUGACAAGUGAAACUGCUGUGCUUAUAGCCGAUGCUGAGAAGCAUCUGCAAACCCAAAGACCUGUACGGAGGAAACAUGGUAGGCUAUUGGAGGAGGGUGCCAGUGGAUUUCUACAGAAGAAACUUUCAAAUGGUGUUAGCAAGGACCUUGUGACAGAAAAGCCUGAUGUUGACUGGAGCUCAUUCCUGAAAAUAUGUUCUGAGGCCAUAUCUGAGGAGGAUACCUCAUUUGGAAGCAAGAAUUGGGCUUCUGUUUACUUGGCCAGCACACCGCACCAAGCUGCAUCAAUGGGACUCAAAUUUCCAGGAGUUAAUGAGGUGGAGGAGAUUGAGGAUAUUGAUGGUGAUUGCACUAAUCCACUCGUUGCAGAUGCCAUAGAAAAUGAAAAAGAACUCAUUCUUUCUGAAGAGCAAAGAAAAAAUUUUAGGAAGGUCAAAGAAGAGGAUGAUGCAAAUGUUGACCGGAAGUUUCAACUUCGUUUGAAACAGAGGAGACAUAGAAGGAGAUCCAAACAGGGUAACAUUCAGAAAGAUGUUUUCUCUUCAGACCGGGUGCUAGAAAGCAACACAGAUGAGCCCUAUCCUUCUGAUCCUUCUGAUGAAAAUGGGUUGGCAUGCCAGAAUUUGAAGUCUGAUGCACUGGAAUGUUCUGAAACUUCUGAUCCUGGCAAAGAACAGUCCAUAACUAAUGGCAUUUCCUCGGGGCAAUUUGAGAUAUCCAUAUCUGAUUUUGGCAAUUCUAGAGGAUCCAAGAGACCGCAUGAGGACCAAGAAUCAAAUGAUGAUAAUAAGAAGUGUCGAACUAUUAUCCUUGCCAGUGAUGAUGAAGCUGAUGUAAAGUCCGUGACUCAAGAAACUAUUGGUGAUGUAAAGUCUGUGAUGCCAAUUGACAUUGAUUCUGCUUCUUCACCAAAUCUGUGUGAGAAGUUUCAUUGUACUGCCUGUCUUAAAGUGGUUACUGAAGUGCAGCAACAUCCACUUCUGAAAGUAAUUAUUUGCAGGGAUUGCAAAUGCAUGCUGGAACAGAAAAUGUAUUUGAAGGAUGCUGACUGCUCGGAGUGUUAUUGUGGAUGGUGUGGACAAAGCAGUGAUUUAUUAAGUUGUAAGUCAUGCAAAACAUUAUUCUGUACCACUUGUAUAAGGAGGAAUAUUGGUGAAGAAUUCUUGUCUGGGAUCCGGGCCUCUGGUUGGCAAUGUUGCUGCUGCUGUCCUAGUCUUGUGAAAAAUUUAACAUUGGAAUUGGAGAAAGCCAUUGGAUCUGGAGAGUUAAUCAUUUCUAGCUCUGAUAGUGGAUCAGAGAAUUCAGAUGCUGAGAUUACUACUAAUGUGAGUAAUAAAAGGAAGCGAAAGAAGAAAAUUCGAAGAAUUCUUGAUGAUGCUGAAUUAGGGGAAGAGACAAAAAGGAAAAUUGCAUUAGAAAAGGAACGCCAAGAGCGUUUGAAGUCAAUGCAGUUUCCUGCCAAAUGCGAGAUUAUGAGCUCUUCAAGCUUUAAUGGGAACUUGUCUGAUGAAGCUAGUUUGGAAGUGCUUGGUGAUGCAGUUUCUGGUUACAUAGUGAAUGUCAGGAGGGAGAGUGGUGAAGAAGCUGUGAGGAUUCCUCCUAGUAUAUCAGCCAAAUUAAAAGCCCAUCAGGUAGCUGGGAUCCGAUUCAUGUGGGAGAAUAUUGUACAAUCAAUCACAAAAGUGAAAUCUGGGGAUAAAGGCCUUGGGUGCAUACUAGCUCAUACUAUGGGCCUUGGUAAAACUUUUCAGGUUAUAGCUUUCUUGUAUGCUGCAAUGAGAACUGUAGAUUUAGGAUUAAGAACUGCACUUAUUGUCACUCCCGUCAAUGUGCUGCACAACUGGCGGCAGGAGUUUAUGAAGUGGAGGCCAUCAGAAGUAAAGCCUCUCCGUGUCUUCAUGCUAGAAGAUGUGUCGAGGGAGAGACGGGCUGAAUUGCUUGCAAAGUGGAAAGCUAAAGGUGGAGUCUUUUUAAUUGGCUAUACUGCUUUCCGAAACUUAUCCCUUGGGAAGCACAUUAAGGAUCGAAACAUGGCCAGAGAAAUUCAAUUAGUCUUGCAGGAUGGGCCAGAUAUACUUGUUUGUGAUGAAGCCCAUAUUAUUAAGAACACCAGGGCUGAUACAACCCAAGCAUUGAAACAAGUGAGAUGCCAGAGAAGGAUUGCAUUAACAGGAUCACCACUUCAAAACAAUCUCAUGGAAUAUUACUGUAUGGUUGAUUUUGUAAGAGAAGGUUUUCUUGGAAGCAGCCAUGAAUUUAGGAACCGCUUCCAGAAUCCUAUAGAAAAUGGUCAGCAUACGAAUUCAACAAAUGAAGAUGUGAAAAUUAUGAACCAAAGGUCUCAUAUCCUAUAUGAACAACUAAAAGGGUUUGUUCAAAGAAUGGACAUGAGUGUGGUGAAAAAGGACUUGCCACCUAAAACCGUCUUUGUUAUAACUGUAAAGCUGUCUCCAGUACAGAGGAAACUGUACAAGAGAUUCCUGGACGUGCAUGGAUUCACAAAGGACAGGGCUUCCAAUGAGAAAAUGAGGAAGAGCUUUUUUGCUGGGUACCAGGCCUUGGCACAGAUAUGGAAUCAUCCUGGGAUCUUGCAAUUGACAAAAGAAGAUAGGGGCUACAUAAAUCGAGAUGAUGCUACUGAAAACAUACUCGUUGAAGACAGCUCUAGUGAUGAAAAUAUGGACUAUAAUAUGGUCACUGGAGAAAAGACAAGGAACACAAACGAUUUUAUGCGAGAUAAAAAUGAUUGUGGCUUUUUCCAAAAGGGUUGGUGGAAUGAUCUUCUUGGUGAGGAUAACUAUAAAGAACCUGAUUACAGUGGCAAAAUGGUUUUGUUGCUUGACAUUCUAACCAUGUGUUCAGAAGUGGGUGACAAGGCAUUGGUUUUUAGUCAGAGCAUACCUACUUUGGAUCUCAUAGAGCUAUAUCUUUCAAGAUUACAUAGAAAUCGAAAACAGGGGAAGUUUUGGAAAAAAGGAAAGGACUGGUACAGGCUGGAUGGAAAAACAGAAAGUUCUGAAAGACAAAAGUUGGUUGAGAGGUUUAAUGAACCAACAAACAAAAGAGUCAAAUGUACUCUUAUCUCUACCAGAGCAGGAUCUCUGGGGAUUAAUCUUCAUGCUGCUAACCGUGUAAUUAUUGUCGACGGCUCAUGGAACCCGACAUAUGAUCUCCAAGCUAUUUAUCGAGCUUGGAGGUAUGGCCAACAAAAGCCAGUGUUUGCUUAUCGAUUGAUGGCACAUGGAACUAUGGAGGAGAAAAUUUAUAAGCGUCAGGUAACAAAGGAAGGGCUUGCUGCAAGGGUGGUUGAUAGACAACAAGUGCAUAGGACCAUCUCUAAAGAGGAGAUGUUACAUCUCUUUGAGUUUGGUGAUGAUGAGAACGUUGAUGCUUUGGCUGAGCUAAACAAAGAAAAUGGAAGAGCAAAUGGCCAAAAUGUGGACUGUGAAGCCGGAAAUUCAAUUAAGCAGAAGGUGCCUUGUUCUCAUGGUAGCUGUUCUUCUGACAAGUUGAUGGAAAGUUUAAUUGGCAAGCAUCAUCCAAGAUGGAUUGCCAAUUACCAUGAACAUGAGACACUUUUGCAAGAGAACGAAGAAGAGAAGCUUUCGAAGGAGGAGCAGGACAUGGCCUGGGAAGUGUACCAGAAAACUUUAGAAUGGGAGGAAGUGCAGAGAGUGCCUCUUGGUGAAUCUGCAUCAGAGCAAAAGCCUGCUGUUGCAUCAGAUCUGGCAGCUCCUGCACCAGUCAUGGAGAUCAUCCAGCUCCCACAACGAAGGGGUAUUUUUAGGAGUUGCAUUGUGCAGCAACGAAAAUGUACACCUCUUGCACACAUCCUGACCCUUAGAAGUCAGGGUACAAAAAAUGGUUGUAGUACAAUCUGUGGGGAAUGUGGCAGGGAGAUAAGCUGGGAGGACCUAAGGAAAGAUGACAAAACCAGCACAAUGCCAAGGUAGCGGAAAGCAUUUUCAAUUUAUUCAUACGUGGUCUAUCAAAUCUAACAUUUUGUGAUUGUGUAAAUGGCAUCUAACGUGAUGUAUGUUCAAUCACCUUUUAGACUCUGCGUUUCAUUUUGCUACUGCUAAAUUCCUGCAAGAUUACUGUAGGGCAUAUCUUUUUAAUUUUUGUUUGUUUUGAGAGGAGAAAAGGGAUCCUCUUGUAAUUGGGAAGCCGCGUGAAUUUUACCGUCAGGAAUUUGGCUGUGUAAAUUCAAGUUACAUAAUCUCUAUGAAAUGAAAGUUCCAAUUUUCC